ACGCAGCACAGGGAGAGAGAGGGGGAGAGAGAGACUGAAACCCCAUAAUGCACUGCACGCUGCAGGGCUGAAGUCGUGCAGAUUCAUCAGUUCCUGUUUGGAGGGACUGUGUGUGAGCACAUACACAAUCAUACACCCAGACCGAAGCGCAAGAGAAACACACAGACAAGCAGGCAGAGAGAAGUGCCUUCUUUUGCUGACCCCUGUGGCUGUUUGGCUCCACUGAAGCCUCCUCUGCCUCUGUGCCUGUUUAUGUCUGCCAGAGUUGCCAGCGACACCAGGAGCCCCAGGACUGCCAGGACUGCCAGCCCCAUCCUCUGAGCCAGUCUCCACACCACUGACACCUCUCCUCCUCCCUCCACCUCCUGCUCUGUCUGUGAGCCAGACCUCUCUCCAUCCAUGAUAUUCAGCACUCCUCUGUGGAAGUCAACCACUCCCCUCUCCUCUCCAGACAGAGUUUGAUACAGAAGACAGACAGCUUUUAUUGCUUCUGCAAGUGGAAGGAGAUUGUCUCUUUGCUGUCCCCUCUGCCACAGUCUUCUCCUCCUCAUCCUCCUCCUUCUCUUCCUCUUUCUCUUCCUUCCUUUCCUCAAGCCCUGCAUCUUUUCAUCAUGGGCCAGCUUGAUCAAUAAUGUGUUUUGCCAUUCAUCUAAUCUGACAGUCCGGCCGAGGAGAGAGGUGAUCGAGAGAACUGCUCUGUGUGUGUCUGAGAGUGAGAACAAGAGCGAGAUUACAAAGCAAACCUCUGUGGCCAUCACCAACCCAGGCCCUGGGUGACAGGUGGACAAGGAUUCCUAUUAAAGCCACAAACAGAAUCUUAGGAUGGGCCACAGGUGGUAGGAAAGUCCCAGGCCUCACAGGCUUCUCCUUAGAAUUUGACCCUGGGGACAAAACCUCUUAAAACUGGCUUUUUCCCAUGCCCUUUACCUUUUCAUUCUCCUCAUCUGUCCCACUGUCAUUAGAAACAAACAGACGCACACAUAAUUGCAUUUGCUGGAAACCUCUUCCUGUUAAUUGACCCCUCCUACCUGUUUCAAAAUGGCUGUAAAUGUGACACCAAUUCGGGACACAAAGUGGCUGACAUUGGAGGUUUGUCGGGAAUUCCAGAGAGGAAUGUGUUCACGACCGGACAGCGAGUGCAAGUUCGCCCACCCUGCCAAGAGCUGUCAAGUGGAAAACGGCAGAGUCAUUGCCUGUUUUGACUCACUCAAGGGCCGCUGUUCCAGGGAGAACUGUAAGUACCUGCACCCUCCUCCCCACUUAAAGACCCAGCUGGAAAUCAAUGGAAGGAACAAUCUCAUCCAGCAGAAAAACAUGGCCAUGCUGGCCCAGCAGAUGCAACUCGCCAAUGCAAUGAUGCCCGGCACACAGCUACAACCAGUGCCCAUGUUCUCAGUCACACCCAGCCUUGCAACCAAUGCCAAUGCCGCAGCAGCAGCAGCCGCUGCAUUUAACCCCUAUCUUGGUCCCGUGUCACCCGGCCUGAUGCCUGCUGACAUCUUGCCCAGUGCCCCUGUACUGGUCACUAGCAACCCCAGUGUUCCUGUACCUGCUGCUGCUGCACAGAAACUCAUGAGGACAGACAGACUGGAGGUAUGUCGGGAAUACCAGCGGGGUAACUGUACACGUGGGGAGAACGACUGUCGCUUUGCCCACCCUGCAGACAGCACUAUGAUUGACACCAACGACAACACAGUCACUGUGUGUAUGGACUACAUUAAAGGGCGCUGCUCGAGGGAGAAGUGCAAGUACUUUCACCCUCCGGCUCACCUACAGGCCAAGAUCAAAGCCGCCCAGCACCAAGUCAACCAGGCUGCGGCUGCUGCAGCCAUGACUCAGUCAACUGUCAAAUCACUGAAGCGACCCCUCGACGCAACUUUUGACCUGGGGCUCCCCUCCGUCUUGCCUCCUUUACCAAAGAGACCUGCACUUGAAAAAGCCAAUGGUGCCACCACUAUGUUCAAUGCUGGCGUAUUCCAAUACCAACAGGCCCUGGCCAACAUGCAGUUUCAGCAGCAGGCUGCCUUCAUACCAUCAGGCUCGAUAUUGUGCAUGACACCUGCAACAAGUGUUGUACCCAUGAUGCACGGUGCUACUCCAGCCACUGUGUCUGCAGCCACCACAUCUGCCACAAGUGUUCCCUUUGCAACUGCAACAGCCAAUCAGAUUCCAAUAAUAUCUGCAGAUCAUCUGACUAGUCACAAGUAUGUGACCCAGAUGUAGGAGGCUCAGUCUGAACAAUGGAACUGGAGCGUGCGGAGUGUCAAGUCCAAGAUCGAUGGUCAGCCUUCACGCCUGUAACAUCAAGAGCAAAAUGGGGAACCAAAUGUGAACCGGUUUGGAAUAAAUCUGCAUGUUAACAUAGGAGGCACAGUUUGUUAGGAUUGUUUUCAUGUGUACUUCAUGCACUCUAUUAUUACACAACAGACAAGAACAUCAUUUGCAUCACAGACUGCCUUUCGUUCUGUAGAGGCAACUUACCUUUAUUCACCGGACACACUUUGAAUGUUAACGAGAAGUAAAUGUGUGGAGCAGUCGUCGACUGGAGUGGUACGUCCCUUGACCAAGAAACAUAACUUAACGUUGUUUGUUUGUUCAUUGGCUGUUGGUCUUUGACCUAAAUGUGUUCAUUUGUUUACACAAAGGUGCAUUUCAGUUGAAGUGAGAGAAAAAAGAACCUGACUGAACGACAUAUGCAUGCACAGUGAUUUUCUUUAUGAUUUUAUUUAGUUAAACCAGUGAUAAGGGAAAUGACAUGAGUGCACUCAGAGGCAAAAAAAGCAACUGAAUGUCUGUGAGGUGUCUUUCAAACCUUUGUAGCCUACCUUUCUAUCUCUUAAGCACAUGUCUUUAACCUUGCAGGUGUCCCUGUAAAGUGCCAUACAUCUCAAAAUAUAUGAAUGAUAUUUAAGCAGUGUUACAAAGUGAUAAACUCGAUAAUUCCCUUUAACGCGUCUCUGUUUUCUCUCUUGGAUUGCAUGUAGUGUCCGUUGUCGUGACCUGUCAUUACCUGUAGCACCACUGCUGAUUAGAUCCCCCUCCCCAGAUUGCCUGCUUAACUCUCGUCUUCUCCUUAGCAUCACAGAUCUCAGAUGAGUUCAGAUGAGUUGUAUGCUCGGUCUUGCUCUGUGUGAGAGACCAAAGACUCUCCCCAUGAUCAAGAUGAGUUUUUCUUUUUUUUGAAUAGCUUUGAAACUACAGGGCAAUCAGUUGGCAUCCAAACUGCUGUGCGACAGAAGUCAAAAUCUAUGGUGCAACUGGUAAUGGAAAUGUAAUCUGUAUGGCCUGAUUUGUUUUUCUUUUGUAUGGUUGUGCAUAUUUUCAGGCAGGAUGCAAAAGUAGAUUGAGUGCAGUGUACAUAUAGUCUGACAUAUUUAAGAAUAUUCGUUUCAAACAUCUACUUGAGACCUUUUUUCAGAUAGUCGGCCAAAGUCUUUUUGUGUUACUGUUACUAGAUAUUGUGGGUAGACUAGUGAGGCUAGAUUUUAAAAAUGCAUGGGCCACAUAAGCAAGCCCAAAGAGGGGUUGGGUGUUUAGAGUAGAUCUCUAGAACUCUUUGUUGUUACUGUGUUUUGGGUGUUCUUCAGGCGUAAUAAUUGGUGGAUAGUACAGGGAAAGUGGCAAGAAUAUAAACGAUUGUAUUACUCAUCCAAAGCCUUAGAAUGUACCACCGUAUCAGCACAAUGCAACAUGCCAUUUUACAUCAUCCAGUUGCCUAAUCCACGCCAUAUUAACACACACAGAGCACUAUGUAACUGUCACUUGAUUUUGUCAGUGUUUCCUUAACCUUCUUGUGGUUUUUUUUUAGAUGAGGAGUGUUUUUCUUUUUUUUGUUUGGAUAACACUUUGAUAUUAGUUCAGAUUUUUAGUUUUGCUCAUUUGACUUCUUAUAACGAAUAUAAAGGUGUGUAUUUGUGUGAUCCUCAUGCACAGUUUCCUGAAAUUCCAUGUCAUGUUAAUUUUAGUAUGAUUAUGGUUGUAAACUCAAUAUUUUCUACGUUAUGCAUAUUGUUGAACUGUAUGCAUAUUGUUCAUUUCUCUAGUCUUUUUGUGUUCUUUGAACAAAGAUGUUUUAUAUGAGUAUCUAAAAGUGAUGAAAUAAUAGAACAGAAAGGCUAAGUUGUCGCUGUGGCAACCGUUGCCGAUAAUCGAGUAAUAUUUUAAUGAUUGUAAGGUUUGUAACUAGUCAUAUAAGAAAAAAAAAGACUAUUGUAAAAACCUAGUUCUUAGAUGUUUAGAGUAAAAGUGUUAUUUUCUACUGUAUCCAUUUCAAAAAGUAACUAUUGUUUUAAUAUUUUUACUCUCCCUGGAAAUCGGGCCAUGUUGGAAAACAAGCUGCAUAUUUUAGGGGUGUUGCCGGCGGGGUCAGGUGAACGUGACGAGUAGGGACAGAGUCUGCGUGCUCAUCUCUUACUCAGCCAGCUGCAAACAACAAGGGCAGGGUGGGGAAUCUCAAGGCGAUGAAGGUGAUAAAGGUAGACUUUUUUGCACUUCUGUACAUAGUCAAAAAAGAGAGAAUCAUGUAUAUUGAGAUCUUAUUUUGAAUAAAAAAAAUGUCUAUAAUGACAAGGAAUUUUGCUAGGAUAACAAAAAAAUAAAAAUAAAAAUAAAAAAAACUUAUGAAAGGCUGAACAAAAUUGCUUGCAUCAAAAGGGCACUGAGUUCUCACUUUCCUACCCCUUUCAGAAAAGGCCAAGCGUCGCUCUUCAUUUUUGUCAGCAGCUUGUAGUUUGCCAGGUAACCUUCCGGAGGAGGGGCUCACCGCCCUCCAGCGUAAGAGCCUGACUGGGUUUGUCUGGUCCCCUAACCCGCCUGUUCUGACAGGUCUGUGUGUCAUGGCCACGCCCUCCCAGGCCCAACCAAUCACAACACGUCCUGUCUCUUUGCUGUACUCAGUGGGGAAUGCAUGUUAAAGGAAAUACGUAUACCAUAAAAAAAAAUCACAACACAGUAAUAUUGAAUAAGAAAACAUGUUACACAGAAAGAUGUAUUUACAAUAUACAAUAUUCUAUCAAUGUAAUGGAAUAAAAUAUAUACUAAAAAUACAAAAAUAGAAUAGUGGUUUAUAUAAAAAAGAUUCCUGAGAAUAUACUCACUAAAGUUUCACCACGUGGAGAGUUAAAAUACAUGCAACACAAACACCAUAGCUAUAAGUAUGUUCUUUAUGUU